GCGUAGCACGCGCAGCGCCGUGCGUACGGUAAGAGCGCGAGGCUCCGCGUGCGUGAGUGAAACAGCAUCAGCGCUGUGGCUCGCGCUGGACGCUGGAAGCGACGGGGCCACGAAUCUCUAACCCAGUACAGGCACUGAGCGCCGUUAACACGUGAAGACGUUAAGCAUGAGGAGCAGGCGAUGGUCUGAGCACCUGAGGCGGUGAAGGAGCGUUUCCAGGCGGGUGAGCGGCGGACUGAGCGUUUCUCCUCCUCCUCCUGCAGCGCGCGCUGAGUGGAAUGAGCUGCUGUCCGCCUCCGCCGCUUCCACUACAGCAUGGGCAGCGCCGUGGCCAAGAGGAAGAGUCUUAGGAGUGAUGCCAUUUCUUCCGUCGCCGCCAAAGUCAGAGCAGCUCGAGCAUUUGGAGAAUACCUGUCCCACACACACCCUGAGAACCGCAACGGAUCAGAUCACCUGCUGUCUGACACCUUCAUUGGCCAGGACGCAGAGUCCCCAGACAUCAGACGCUUGCACAACAAUAAACACCUGCACCCAUACCCCAGAGCAGCUUCAGUAGCCAAGCCCAGCCAAGAGCAGCUUCAGCCAGGCAGCCUGCCCGUGCCGGCCCCCACCAGCUCCAAACGCCGGCUCUCUGUCGAGCGUAGCCUGUCGUCUGAGGACCAGCCACAACAGCUCCAGCAGCCCCAGCAGCAACAGCCACAGUGCACGGAAGGUUCUGUGAAACCGGCACGAGUCUACACCAUCACCAGAGAGGGUGGCAUGCUGGCCGGGAGGGGAAGCGAGGAGAGCCUGGAGCUCGAGGUCCUGAAGGGGGCCACAGAGCAGCCUAGAUCUGCUGGCCCAACACAGGCACGUGGGAGCCAUCACAAGGGAAGCCAUCACCGUGGCAAUGCCCACCACAACUAUGGCCAUGCCCCACCUCACUCACAGCCCCUGCAGAGCUCGGGCAGUGCCCACAACAUCCGGGACUGGGGCUCCAGAAGGAGUGGCUCAAGGGAGGAGUAUUGCACCCCAGACUGUACAACCUGUGUGCGGCCACCCUGCCGCAGCCAGCGCUCGCUGGACCUGGAGACAUCGCCCCGUGAUGGGGGCAAACACCGCAAAAAGCUGGAGCGAAUGUACAGCGAGGACCGGGUGUGUUCGGAGGAGCGAGAAGAGCAGGCCAACAAUUGGUUCCCCAAGGAGAACAUGUUCAGCUUCCAGACGGCAACCACCACAAUGCAAGCAAUAUCGGCUUUCCGCGGCAUCGCAGAGAGAAAGCGGAGGAAAAGAGAGCAGGAGGCCACCGCUCUGAUGGAGAGAAACUUCCGGAAGCAUCUGAGGAUGGUGGGCAGCAGGAGGAUGAAGGCCCAGACAUUCGCCGAUCGCAAAACGAAGAGCUUCAGCCGCUCCUGGAGUGAUCCCACCCCCAUCAAGCCUGAUCCACUGCACGACUCCAGAGAUAGUGGGGACCUGCAGGCAUCCUCUGGCACACUGGAUGAAGUAGAGUAUGAUGAUGUGGACUGGGAGGAAGAGAAAGAGCUUGAGCGAUUAGCCUGUGAGGGCGAUGACUUCAUACCUCCAAAAAUCAUGCUGAUUUCGUCCAAGGUUCCGAAGGCGGAGUAUGUGCCCAACAUCAUACGCAGGAACGACCCCUCCAUCAUCCCUAUCCUCUAUGACCAUGAGCACGCUACCUUUGAUGACAUACUGGAGGAAAUUGAGAAGAAACUAACCGCCUACAGAAAAGGCUGCAAAAUCUGGAACAUGCUUAUUUACUGUCAGGGUGGGCCUGGGCACCUCUAUCUGCUGAAGAACAAAGUGGCUACUUUUGCUAAAGUAGAGAAAGAGGAGGACAUGAUACAGUUCUGGAAGAAACUGGCCCGGCUGAUGAGUCUUCUGAACCCUGAGCCCAAUCUCAUUCACAUUAUGGGAUGUUAUGUGCUGGGCAAUGCUAACGGAGAGAAGCUGUUUCAGAACCUCAAGCGGCUGAUGAGACCGUACGCUGUCGAAUUUAAGAGUCCGCUGGAGCUCUCUGCGCAGGGGAAGGAGAUGAUCGAGAUGUACUUUGACUUCCGCCUGUUCCGCCUGUGGAAGAGCCGACAGCACUCCAAACUACUAGACUACGACGACCUUUUGUGACUCAGCGUUCCUUUCUUUAGGCAGCCCGAAAGAGGCGUGUAGCUCCUUUUAGAGCCCACCCUGGCCACGUUCCCCUCUAGAGCCUUGGCCCAUAUGCUCUGAGCUAGAGUAGAGGGAGGAAGAUGAUGGUGAGGAAGGAGGGAUGAAGAUGGCCGACGUCAUGUGGCUGACUGAGUCCUCCACUCUCAGAUGCAGAUGAAGGCAGGAGAUUGGAUUCAGCCAUGGCUGUAAGGUGCUGUUUGUGUACCCCAUCCAUUUUGAGCAGUCAUUGGCCGAGACGUCAAUGAGGCGUCGUUUAUCUGUGGCAAAUGAGGGACGGAAUACGGGGACCUUGGAGAAGAAGCGGUCUGAUAGAAACGGAAUUUUGAUGGGACAUCCUUAGAAAGUACCAUUUUAUUGAGUAGCUGUGUUUUGUAGUGAACUGACAGGGACUAUCCGGAGUCUUUUCAAGUCUUCGAGUCUUCUUUAGACACUCAAUAUUUACAAUAUUUACAUGUUCUUUAUCAGGAGUAACAGUAGGAAAGAGAACACAUAUCAUCUUUAUAUAUGUCCCACAUUAAUAUAUAGAGUACUGUAGUAAAGAAAAUCUUCAAAGUACUCUUUGCUACUUCAGAAUAUCAAUAUUGCACAUUUUCUGUUUGUAAAGUGUUUUUUUUUUUUGUUUUUUCUUGACUGUUCGGGGAAAAUACUCAGGUUUCAUAAGCUUCACUGACCUCCUUCUGCACUCAGAAAAAGAGGGAGCGAGAGAGCAAGACAGGUAGUCAGCAGUAAUUUGCAGGUCGUUGAUUGAGUUGCCUGAACAAGAGGUCUCAGAAGUUAACCUUCUGAGAAGUUUUUAUGUGUGUGUUAGAUUUCCAUAGUUACUUUCCAGAGUUAGGUGUUAGAAUUUCAUAGCGUAGGUUUCCAGGUGUCUAACAUGAAUACUUGUGUAGUCUGAAUUUGUUGGUGUUCUAACCACGCUGGGCAGAUGCCAGGUUAGAAACGGCGCUCUCUGUCAGCUCUUGAUAAUGCCUAAAAGCAUAUUUUUCAUAUUUUGUGUUUUAGCAAUUAUUGCUGUUUCUUGAUUUAGAUAAACUUCAACCAGACUGUAGAGUACACAACUGCUUCCUCAGACUGUACUGUAAUUCUGUCUUUAAUGAUAUUAUGAUGCCAUACAUUUAUGCGUCUGCACAUGAUUAAUCAUUUAGAAAUGUGUUGACCUAUUAUAUUCUCGUAAAGUUGCAUCUCUGUAGUGUAAGUGGAAGAGAAGGGGAAUUGAUGCUUUUUCCCAUUUAACAUAGAUCAAAGUGCAAUUGUCUUUGCAAUAGUUCUUUUAUGAUCAUAAGCAUUACCAAAUGGUACUGUGAUAGCUUCUAGGAAGUGAGGCCUUCCAGCCUUUUUCUUUAUAAAAUAGAAGAUAGUACCUUCUGCAUUAAGCUAGAGGUGGGCAAUAUGAUGAUAUGUAUCCUUAUCGUGAACUUACCUUACGAUACCACACUUUAUUUUGGGUGUCAUCUGCACUUCUGGAACACUGAUUAAUGUAUCAUGUAUUAUAAAACAGACCAAUUUAGAUAAAUUGGAGAGAAACAAUAGAGACAAUAACCAGUGUAUACAAGCUGCAUAGCAACAAGUAGCUGACAGGAUGCCAGUCCACUAUGACAUCUUAUUUUAUGAAAUUAUUUUUUUGCUAAUCUUUCAGUUUUACCUCCUGUUUCUUUUCAAGUGUAAAUUUUGGAAAAGGUUGAAUUAUAAGUUA